AUGGCGUCCCUACCUCCCUUCGCCCCCUUCCCCCCCUCCAAAUGGCGCGCCUCCCUCACCCCGCAGGACUGGUCCUCCCUGCUCGAAGCCUGGACGGCCCUCGCAAACGCCCACCUCGCCCUCCCCGACGCCCAGCUCUUCUCGACCGCAGCCGCCGCCUCCCUCCCGCCCUUCCUCGCGUCCUUCGUCGCCGAGCUCUCGACCGACGCCGCCGGCCAUCCCCUCAUCCCCGGCGCAUCAUCAUCACCAUCAUCAACCUCCGCCUACCUCAAACCCCUUCUGAGAGCAGUCUUCGCCCUGACGUCUCGCCUCCUUACCUCCCCGACGCACCCUCCCCCACCCGAGCUCGCGACGCCCGCCUUCCUCGCCGCCUUCAGCAGGCUUUACCGCAAGAACAGCCCGGCGACGCUCUCCGCCUCCUUCGCCCUCCACGCCCCGACCCUCGAACCGCCCCUGGCGUCCCUGAAGCGAACCCUCACAAAGUCUCUCGAGGCGGGCAUGAAGGCCGACCUCAAGACCCUCGAGGCCCGCCUCGCCUCCCUCAACCACCUCCUCCACGCCUGCCCCGCCGCCGCCGCCUUCUUCCUCGCCGGCUCCGACUUCCUCGACGGCCUCGUCUCCGCCUUCCGCAUCACGAACCCGCCGCUGCGCAAGGUCCUCGUCGCCACCGCCUACGUCGGCCUCGUCGGCCUCGCCGCCGCGGACCGCUUCGGCAUGCUCGCCGACGUCCUCUUCUCCCUCAAGUCCGCCGCCGAGGCCCACAAGGCUGGCCCGCUCAACGUGAACGAUUCCCUCGUCGCCGAGCUCGUCACCGUCACACCCGUGCUGAAGCAGCUCCUGAAAAAGGCAGAGGACAAGGGCGCGGCCUCGACGGCGCUGAAGUCGCGCAUCGCCGCGCUCGAGGGGUUCCGUAAGCCCGGCGGCGGCAUGAUGAGGCCCAAGAGGCUCGUCAAGAGGAAGAUAGAUAAGGGCAAGGGCAAGGACGUGGCCGAUGAAUCGCAGGUCCAGGCCGAGUUGCACAUGCACAGGCAGAGCCAGAUCUCGCUCAUCCAGGAUCUGUUUCCCGACUUGGGUUCGGCCUUCAUUUCAAAACUGUUUGACGAGUACGGCGAUAACACAGAGGUCGUCACGGCUCACUUGCUGGAGGAUUCGCUUCCCCCGCACCUCGCAACGGCGGACCGUGCUGCGCAGCUGUCGCCCAAGCUGGAGAGGAGAAAGAGCCAGCUCGAACCCAGACCAACGCCCCCACAACUACCAGAGCGCCAUAACGUAUUUGAUGAUGAUGAACUCGAUAGACUAGAACUAGACGUUUCUAAACUCCAUUUCGGCAAAAAGGCCCCCGAAAGGACGGCCGACGACGUCCUGAGGGACAGAUCCACCGCGCCCAACAAGGCGGCCAUCUUGUCCGCACUUGCGGCGUUCGACUCGGACGACGACGAGCGCGACGACACCUACGACGCAGACGAUGUUGGCGGCACGGUGGACAACGCCAACGAGGAGGCCGACGGACAGAAGGACGCCAACGAGGAGACGCUGUACAAGGCGUUCCAGGCGGACCCCAGUGUGUUUGAUAGACAGGCCACGACGAGAAGGGGCCCGGCGAGAGGCAAGCUAAGGGUGGAGACGGGUAUGACGGACGAGGCGAUCGAGGGCUGGGCCGUGAUGCUGGCAAGGAAUCCCGGCCAGAAGCGUCGCCUCGAGGCUAAAUACAACGGCGCCGCGGCGUUCACGGGUACCCAGACCGAGAUUCUGUCGACGGCGUGGCGGGCCAGUCCGGGUGGCUCAGGUGCGGAAGAGUCCGACCCCGAUGGAGGAAGCUCGUCGAGGGGCGGCAGAGGCGGUCGCGGCCGCGGGGUCGGAGGUCGUGGACGUGGUAGAGGUGGCGGUGGCAGAGGAGGCGGCAACGUGGCGGGCCCGACGGGAGAGAAGGAGACCGAGGCCGCGCGUAGGAGAAAAGAAGCCAGCAAGGGCUCGAGGGCGAACCACAACCGCCGGGACCAGAGGGCCAAGAAGAUGGCGAGAGGUGGGUUCCCCGGCUGAUAUACCCGUAUCACACAAGGCCCGAGAACACUACUACACUUAAUGCAAUCUCUGCCUCUUGGCAUUCUGAAUGGAGCUCCGCACGGAGGGUGUUGCGGCUGCUCGCUUGCCCGCGGCGGCGCCCGCCGUGUUGGUACACGUUUCCUCGUCGUAAAGGUCUUCUGUGCUAAGGGUGAGAGCGUACGGGCUCUUGAUGUCCACGAUACCGGGGGUUCCCGGCUGCGGGGUCAAGGCUAAGGGAUGAGUGGCCGACGGCGACAAGAUGCUGGCGAAAGCAGAGUGAUGGAAUGCUGAUGGCGACAUGAUGCUGGUGAAAGAAGACCCGACCUCUUCGACGCCAGAGUGGCGAGAUCCAAAGGCAUGGUCCUUUGGUGUUGCGAGCUCCGAUGUCCCUCCUAUCGAGGUCAGAUCGCCGUGGUCGCUUUCGUUGCGUCCGAUCAUGGAACGCAACGAUUCACGCGAGUUGCGCCUGCUGUCAAGAUACGUGCGUAGGUCGAAGCAUUGCCGGCAACUGGGGUCGACCGGGUAGCAAUCCGACUCGUCCCUGUACUGUAGGAGCUGUGGCCGGGCCUGCUGGCCGCAUUUCUCCUGAAUGUCGUCAAAGAGGUCGCCAAUCGGAGUGAAGAACGUUAGUCGAGGACCGGCACCGAAGUACUUGUUGCGGCCCCAAAGCUGACCGACCAGAGCAUUCGUGUCGGCGUCAACGAUGGCGGCGCCGCUGUCACCCUCCACGCCGAUGCCUCCGCGGAUCCAGCUCUCUUCAUCAUCGAAGGGGUACGGCUCUUCGACGAACCACUCGCGCGUUGCCUUGCCGGUGCCGUUCUCUUCAGCGCUGACGUAGGCCGGGAUCUCGCAGAUCUGGCCGCGCUGUUGACCCGACGUGCGUCCGGUGGAAACCACCGUCGCGCCUGGGGUGACCACGCUCAUCUUCUUGACGGGUACUUCUUUCAACAGAGGCAUGGUGUCGGAGGGGAAUCGGCGGAGGAUGUUUGCUUGACGUGUCUUGGAGGCAAUGAGGAUCCAGUCGGUCACGAUCAAAGGGGCUUCCUUAUCCAGUUCCUCCCAGUAGGGAUCGUGUGAGAUGCGAGUCGUCUUCAGGUCGAUGCCAGAUGUGGCGGUCAAGCUGCCGAGGGUAAAAUCCGUGUCGGGCAUCGUGUCGUGGCGUUCGUCGAUGCAACUUGCGCGAUCGCUGGGGGAGGGAUGCUCGACGCGGACCGAUGCCCGGUGAUGAUAAGCGUCGACGAAGGGGUGGAAGUUGGCCAGCCAGUAGCUGCCGCCGCCGACGAGCAAGCAGGGGCCCAAGGUGGAGGUGCUCUCCUUGAAGUCGUCGGUGCCGUGGAUGCCGAUGCUGUCGCCCAUACACGGGUUCUUGAAGUAGUAGGGGUUCCUGGCCAUGCAGACCUCGUCUGGCAUCUCCCUGCUCAGCCCCCUCGCCCAGACCAUGCGGUCGACGGCGCCGGUAACAAAGGCGAAGGUGAUUGUGGAUCGAUGGUUCUCGGGGAGGAGGUCUCUGAUAUGGACUGCGAUGAUGAUGCGGCGAGUCCGAGAUGGUUUCUGUUUGGUCAUGAUGCAGACUCGUCGGGAUCCUGGCGUCUUACCGCGGGUGACGCUGACGACGUGGUUCGGACCGCACCAUUUCGGGAUGAACUCGACGAGGAACGGGAGGACGCCGUGUUCCCAUACGAGAGGGAAGCUUGCGUUUUCCACCAUCCGGCACAGCUGAGCCCGGGAGAAGUCACUCGGGCUGUCGGCUGUUCGGGGGGUUUGACCUGGGUGCGUUAGAUGAAGCGCACCAUUCGACGAAAAGCGGGCACUGACCAUUCUGUUUCCUGUACUUCUUCUCGACAACGUUCUUAAGUUGCUCCCGGCAUUUCUUCUUGGAUACAGCCACGGACAGUAUCUGCUUGAUGGCCCUGUCCUCGUUGGAAUCCUGUGACGGGGCCGCAAGGGCGUUUGAUCCCUGAGAGGAGUUCGUGGAGGCCAUGGCCCGAGCCUUAGGCUUGGAUGUCGCCGCUGGCUCCUUUCCUUUGCCGGUUCCUUCGCCGCUAGCUUCCGGAUGGGCACAUCUGAUGUGGCUCUCGAGGAUCUGUUUGGUUUGGAACGAAGUCUCGGUACAACCGGGAGCCGGACAGAUGAGAAGGUGCUCGAGCUUGACGUGCCAAGUGAGACCGUCCUUGGUAGAGAAGCUUGGCUGGUCACAGCCUGCCCAGUUGCAUGUGUGCGUGUGGACCGUCUUGCAGUGAGACUUGAAGUCUUCCUCGCUGUCAAAGGUCUCGUCGCAUUGGGGACCGAGGCAGACGAAGCGACUUUGGGCGCGGUUCUCCAAUGGCUCGGUGGCAGUCUGUGUCACGGACGAGGUGGCGGAAGGCGACGCCUUCCUUGUUGGCCACUCGUACGGAAAGUCUCUCCGGGUCGGCGAGCAGCCCGAACCGGCAGAAGAAGGCUGAGAGACGACAGAAGGCGAGGAGAAGGUAACGCUGGACACGGUGCUCCAAGCCGGGGGAGGAGGUACCUGGGUGAGGGAGGGAACAGGCUGGAAGAAGGCAAGUGCUGACUGUUCGUGCCUGGGCAAAGGUUUGGGAAAGGCGUGGUCUAUCUGACCAACUCCAUGGGCCUGUGACCAGGCGUGCUCCCCGACGAUGGCGGGCCCAUGAUAGAAGUCGGCGAGUGACCAGUUGUCAGGCGGCCAGCAAGGCGGAAGCGAGGCAAAGGCAUCGGGGCGUGAGGGGGCCGGGGGCAUGGCGCAGAGGGUGCCAUGGUGCAUCUGCUUUCGAAGUUUCCUCGGCCGCUCGUUCAUCGCCUCUCGGGGGAGGGAGCGGGACAUGUUGAGAGCUCCAGGAACCGUGUCUGGCUUACACGGAUGAUGGAGUCGAGAAGGGCCAAUGUGCAGAAGUUGAAGUCGAGCAACAAUUCGUCAAUCGGCGGAGAAGAACACCAAUAUGCGUGUAAUAUGAGAGAAGAGACGCCAAAGACCGGGGGGCGAGACGAAGGGUGUACAUGGCUAGGUAGGUCGAGGAUGGCCGAGGGAAGCGGCCUCCUCCUCAACCUCUUCGGCUCCUUCCUCAGUGCGGCACAGCUCUUAGUCUGGUUGCCUGGUUUGGCGGUAGGCCGUGCUAGUCAAGAUCUAACACGGCCCAUAUACCAGUUAUCAAGGACAAGCCACACAGUUAUCG